GGAGGAGGAGGAGCCAGAGAAGAGAGACACCUCCGGAUCUAGGAACAACACACGUCAUGACAGGCCGAAGUGGAAGAGGAGUUGAGUCUUCAUCGCAGUGAAGUUGAUGGAAGAAGAAUAGGAGCAUGCCAACAACAUAAAGUGGAUCCGGAGGGGAUAAAAAAGAAGGAUCGGAGGCAAAGAGAUGGCACAAGAAGAACCGCUGUAUGAUUUCCCGGAGCCCUCCACCCUGUCAGAGCGCAAGUUCGCGGGGCAACAAAGAGGACAGGGCUCCCUGAAAAGCGUCAGCGUACUGGACCGUCUCCUGCUCACAAUUCCUGUCUGGCUUCAGCUGUCCAUCAACCCGGCCACCGCACUGCACAUACUGCAGAGGGAGCCUCCUGGGACCUUCCUGGUGCGCAAGUCCCGCACGUCCCAGAGAAACGUGCUGUGUGUCCGCUUGGCGGAUGACAGCGUGCCGUCCUUUGUGCAGCAGUUUGGCAUCAGGGAAGAACACUCCAGCAACACUCUCUCUCUGGAGACUUCAGCCGUCAGCUUUCCCGAUCUCCCAAGACUAAUUUCCUUCUACUGUGUCAGCAGAGAUGUCUUACGCUUCAAUCUGGAGCUUCCUGAAGCCAUUGCAAGGGCAACAUCCCACAAAGAGCUCGAGUCCAUCUCACACAUGGGAAUAGAAUUCUGGCGCUCCCACCUAAACGUCCGUGGGCCACGGGAGAAGGACAAGGAGAAGAAGACAGACACUACAGCCCCAGCCCUACCUGCUGUCGGACCACAGACUCAGCCUGGUUCGGCUCCCCAGCACAACGCAGACAACCAUCUCUUGACAGAACCUACACCAGAAACAAAACAGUCAGCUUCCAAUCCCACCCUGUUCCACGAGUUUUGUCCGAUCACGACACGCAGCCCCAUAGAGCUGGACUGUGGCUCCGGCCAGGGCGCUCUGUGCUUCGUCAACCCCCUCUUCCUGCAGUCCCAGAACCCUUUGUGCAGACGACGCAUGUUCAAACGCAGCCUCAAGAUUCGGAUUUCCACAGAGUCGUCCACCAUGCUUUCGCCCCCGCUCGCUCCUCCGCCUCCACCGCCGCUGAUGCCCAAAAAAAAAGGAAAAUGUAAAGCCCAGAAACAGUUACAAAGGGUCGCCCUUCCAAGUAAAGGUCAAGCUGCUCAGACUGAUCCCACAAUUCAGGACACCCCCAGUGAGGCCCAAGUUCAGCCUCCGUCAGCAACUCCUCACUUCCAGCCUGAGAUGCAGGAGCAAGCUGGAAUCAGGAGAGAGGAGGCUACAGUUCAGCUACCAGCAGCGAUGGAGAAUCUUCCAGACGAUUCAGACUACAUGCAGCCCUCUCCAAUGAUCAAUUUCUCCAAUGUGCUCUCACUCUCUCCUUACCUCUCCCCGUCUGGUUCUUCUAUGGCGCCUCCCCUUUUCCCCAAAGCAUCUCCAUCCCACUCUCCUCAUGACUCUCCCUGUGCUUCUCCUUCCUUCUCCCCAUCUCCUUCUCCCAAGGCUCCCUUUUCCCUCUCUCCGUACGCCUCACCCUGCGCUUCGCCCUCUCUUUCACCUUACCAGUCGCCGUCUCCUUCUCCUAUGAUCCCCUUCUCCCUCUCUCCCUUCACCUCCCCGUCCUUCCCUCAGCUGAUGGAGCAGAUCUAUCAAACACCUACGACUCCUAUAAGAGCAGAUCAGCAAAGACCAGGGGAGGAUGAAGAUGAGACAAAUAAGGAUCUGCAGACGAGGAGAGAAGAGGAGGAAAGGGGUCUGGUUUUACAGAUGAAUGCUGCUUCUCUAAAUUACACAGACAGCUGCAGUUCCUUCAGCAGUCUCGAGGGGGCAGCAGAGACUCCGCCCGACUUACCCCAAAAACGGCACAACGGUACGAGCCUCUAGCGAACAAACACUUUAGACUGUAACUGAAUAACAUUAUUACGAAAGCUCUGUGCAGAAUUACUAGAUGAACUUUGAAUUAAAUAAGUUGAACAAAACCUAAAAUUGUAAUGAUGAUACUGGUUGUUUUGCAUGUUUUUAACUUAAAAUGUGUACAGUUUUUAUUGUGCUUUAUUGCAACCACUUUCUAAUGCAUACCAAAACAUUUUUAAACUGAUUUGCUACCUGACAGGAAGACAUUUGUUUCCUUUGAUAUCAGUAUUUUCUGAAAAUUAAAUUAUGAAAUUUAAGACUUGAAACUUUCUUGAGUUAGGUAGUCCAUCACAAUUAACCUUUAACUGUCUUUAUUUUUUUGCACCAAAGGUACAAAUAAAAAUGACAUUAUCAUUGUUGUAAUACAGUUA